UGUAUGUUUUUGACUUAGUAGCCAAGUGACUCCUGCCAUUCAAAGCUGCCCAACUUCUGUUGAGAAAAGCAGACAUGAUACAUUGACAGCAUUUGGAAAUAAACUUUGGCGAUGAGAUGGAAGCAUAAAUCUUGAAACCAAAACAGCAAUGGCUCCAGAGUAUUGAAACAAGACACCGAAGAGCCUCCAACACUUCAGUGUGAGCAGUGGAAAAGGAACAACUACCAUGGUAACACUAAUAACAGAAAAGCUGCAGAACCAGAGCUUGGAUGAUCUGACGUGUAAAACAUACAAUAUUAAUCUGUACUCAUCUGAGAAGUUGAACAAAAGUGGCAGCUUGUUCCCUUUCGAAAUCAACGAAGACAGUCCUUGGAAAGCUUUAAAUGGCGGUUGCCCGCUCCCGACGGACGCGACGAGGAGCUCCGCGUACCCGUUCCCCGUGUGCCCCUUCAGCACAGGCCCCGCCAGCAAUGGCAGCCUGCAGUGGCAGCAGGAAUCCUCCAGUCCGUCCAUGGUGUCGGGAUGGAUAAGUGAGUUAAACCUCAACGAGAAUUCGGGGCAGCCCUUGGCGCCGCCCACCAAACGCCACUGCAGGUCCCUGUCGGAGCCGGACGAGCUGGCUCGCUGCCGCUCCCCGUGGAAACCCGGCAGCUCCAAAGUCUGGACUCCCGUGUCCAAGAGACGAUGCAAUAGCGGCGGCAGCGCCACCCUGCAGCGCUGCAACAGUCACGGCAGCGCCACCUUACAGAGAAGCACAAGCAUCAGCCUGCCACAAAACGUCCUCUCCUUAAAUAACGUCUUCACCGUCACCAGCUUCAACACGUCGCCGGUGCCCAGACCUUCCUCGGCGAGCAGCGGCUUUGUGGACAGUAGCGAGGGAAGCACAAGCUCAAGCACCCGCUGGAAUUCCGGAGGGCCUUGUGACUUUAACCCAAGGCGGCGCCUCUCCCUCUCCCAGGAGCACAUCACGGAGACGGGAAAUCUCUUGCCUUCAGCCAACAGCACUCCCACCUCCACACCCGAGCUGAGCCGGCGCCAGGGCUUGCUGCGGUGCCGCUCGCAGCCUUGCGUUCUCAACGAGAAGAAAAGCCGGCUAAAGCGCAGACGGGAGGAGGACGUGCGGUGGAACAGGCCAUCGUUAGACUUUUUUAAAAUGACACGGGUGAGAUUUUACUUUGCUCGGUGUGUGUGAAAGGAGCUGUUGCUGAAAGGUGGCUUCUAGAUAAGCCGCGUUCAUUUGUAGUUGGUGCAGCUUUGCCUGGGUUCUGAUACUGGCAGUUCAGCAGUACAGCAGGGCUUCCUGUCCUUGUCAAAGCGAUGCUCUACAGCAGCUUAUUUACAGCCCAGCCUACUUGAUGAAGUGCAAAGAGCAGUGAAAAGAUGCUUUAAGCAGAGGCCAAGAAAAGGCCUGUUUUUAAAAUGCAGUAAUGCACAAGGAAGGGAGCAGGCUGGGUAGCAAAGAAAAGUUAAUGCCAGUGAGUUAGCUAAGAGCAAUGUGCAGUAAUGUCUUCUAAAGUUACUGCAGUUCAAAUCUAGUUAAUUCAUGUCUGCACUUUGCAUGUAGUAGUCCGAAUCUCACAUUUUAAGCCUCUGAUGUCAAUGGGAGCAACUUGGCUAUGGUUUAAAACUGAAGCUACUUGUUUGGUUUAUAAGUGAAACUGAGAACAUGGAACUAACCGCUACUCCUCUGCUGCCCUCCCUACCUUCAGCAGGUACCAGACUUGAGGGUUGUGUGGGUAGUUCCCUUAAUAUUGCUAUACUGUAGUGGGAAGCAGACACUUUGCAGAAGCAGCAGUAAAAAAGUUGCACUGUGGUGUCUGUCCAUUUGAUGUAUUGUGCAGAAGAAAAGCUAGGGGAGUGGGAUUCUGGCUAAAGCAUCUUAUCUUGGGUAGCAGGUUGUUGUUGGCUUAUACAUGGGCAUGCACAGGAGAAAAAUCUAGUGAAAUAUUGAACUGGAGAAAAAUCUAGUGAAAUGCUCAACUGGGUUAUCUGCUGUAGGGGUGGUCACUGAGCUUGCUUGAUUACUUCUGCUUUGCUUGCUUCUUGUGUAGCUUUCUAAGACAAUCCACUGAGAACUUAUAGCUUAAGGAAUUCCCUUCAUUAGAGACUUCUUUUUUUGAGAGAACUACAGGAUAGGUAAUUAGGUGACAAGCUAUAAAUAGUGAUUUGCUUAGUGACAGAUUAGUAACAGAUUUUUGUUUUGGAUGCGACUAGAUGCUGUUCUGGGUGUUGCUUUAAAAUGCCCGUUCAUUAGCCAGUUAAUCAGAUCUUACCUGUUCUUCCCUGUUAAUCACUGCUAAGAUUAGCUUGAUAAAUCUGCUCCAGAAAUAUGCAUGGAUUUGCCUUUCAGCUGCUCGUGUUCUAAUGCAUGUUUCUUUAAACUGAAUGUACAACUUGGAAGCUUCUGCUCUCCUGGCUGGAUUUGCUGCUUGCAUUCUCCAAGCUUUAAAGACAGUGUUUUAGAAUCAGGUCUAAGCUGAAAAAAGCCUAAAUAAACCAUUAAGUAGUGUGCCUGGAGAAGACUAGAUAGAGCCUUGUACCUAGAGCCUCUUAGAUCUGCUGCUGCAUUAAACAGCACAUAAGACUGUAAUAUUUGGGCACUGCUAAUCACUCUUUGCUGCGAGACCUAUUUUGAAAACCAUUUUCAUGGUAAGCAGAGUAGUUUGUGCAUUAAAGCUCAUUCAACACUGUCAAGGCCUGAUGGGGCUGUUGCAACUCUGCCAUUAGCAUCUUCCUAGGAAGAUGCUAACGUGCCUUUAAUCAAAGGCACAAAGUGUGGUUUGGAAAUGCAUUGUCUUUGAAGGAAGCUGAACUUUAAUGAUAAUAUUUACCUAAGUGAUAAAUAUUUACCUAAAAUAUUGCUUGGCUUUUAAGUAAAAGCUGAAUCAAGUUUUCAAGAAAUGACGGGAGGUGGGGAAGAAUGGGGAGAUUUGUUUAGAGUGACCUGUCAUGUUCUGCUGGACACUUUUCUCUGCCUAUCUUCUCUUUACAUAUUUGCCAGCACUGGGGAUGUAUGCUUUAAGACUUAAAACAUUGUGGUCUAAAAUUUUCUAGGAGUAUACUUCCUGAAAAUUAUUGCUGUGCAAAAUAUUAUGAGCUAAUACUACAGAAGAUUUG